AUGGGGUCUAGUCGGCAGAGAGGCACAGCGUGUGUCCGCUCCAGAGCAGCGGUCAUGCCUCUCCAAACACACCCGCACAGAGAGCCUCAGUCUACGGGCGCUCUGCAGGAGCUGCCGCGCUGGAUGCGGAUCUACUUCUAUGGGAUGCACGGUGUCACGCUGGAUGUUCUGAUGUCCUCUCUACAGGGGGUCUUCAAAGACCAUGGCUGGAAGCUGCUGGGCUUCUCCUCAGUGUAUCUGCUCAUUGCGCACUCGUUGAACCAUCUGGCUCUGGAGAAGCUGUUCGCUCUGAGACGGAGCUUUGGAAAGCGGCCUGCGCUCUUUCACAUGGUGGUAUACCCCUCCAUCUACAUCGCUCUGCAGGGUCUCAUCGGGGGGCUCCAUGCUCUCACGUGGAGUUCACAUGACCCAGUUCCCUGGCUGUCCCUUCACAUGUCCCCCUCUGGACGACUCUGUCAGCUGCUGCUGCAGUACUUGGUGGCCCUGUACUUCACUCUUGUGUUCCACACAGGCAUGUCUCAGCUGCAAUAUGUUCCCUCAAGUGUCCAAACAGUGUCCCCACUGCAGCAUCAGGACCCCCAGAGGUGUCUGCCUGGAUUCCUCCACUUCUUGUUCUUUGGGAUGCACGGUUUUGUUGAUGAGGUGGUGUUCACAUCUGUGUUUAACCUGAUGGAGAAAGCUGACCACAGCCUGAGCGGACACACAUCUCUGUGGUCUUUCUUGAUGUAUGGCAGCUGUAGUUUUGCAGUGGAGAAGCUCUACCUGCACCUCCACUUUGGUCGGGGCUGGGGCACCUUGAAGAGACUGCCUCUGUAUGUGUGUGUGGCCUACACCUGGGAGCUGAGCUGGGGGCUGCUGCUCCGACAGUUUGGGGCAUGCUCCUGGGACUACUCGCACUACCCCCUGCACUUCAUGGGGCUGGUGACUGCACUGUACCUGCCCGGCUGGGUGUGCCUCAGCCUGUACCAGGAUGUCCUGACUACUGUACUGCUGCGCAUCAGGUGCACCCAACAGGGGUCUGAGGGACCCUGCGAUACCAACGGUCUGGUACAAGUCAGCAAGAAACUCAUUUAA